AAGAGUACCGGAAGCGGAGCUGGAUGGCUGGCUGAGGCGCAAAAAAACCUGGGCUGCCUCCUUAGCUCCCCGCUUCCCUUCGCCCCCUUCUUCCGUUCAUCCGUGCACGCUCCCGCUCCCCUGCCUUUCCGGGGCACGCUUGUUCGGUCUCUUCAUCGCGGCUUUCUGCAAGCACGAACGCCAGAGGCGCAUGCGCAGCAGCGGCCUGUCUCUUCUGUCUCUCAGAGGCGAGCUAAUUCUGGCCCGACCCGGCUCGGCCGCCCGCGCAUCUCCCCCGUGAUGCUUUUUUCCUUGCGGGAGCUGGUACAAUGGCUGGGCUUUGCACCCUUCGAGCUGCUCCUGCAGGCCCUGGCGCUGCUGGCGGCGUCGGUGCUGCUUGUGCUCAAGGUGGACGGGGUGGCGACCGGGCUGAGCUGGUGGGGGGUCUUUGCCCCUUUCUUUGCCGCCGACGGACUGAGCACCUAUUUCACCACUAUUGUCUCGGUGCGCCUCUUCCAAGACGGCGAGAAGCGCCUAGCUGUGUUGCGUCUUUUCUGGAUCCUCACCUUGCUCAGCCUCAAGUUUGUCUUUGAGAUGCUGCUUUGCCAGAAGGUGGGCGAGCAGAGUCACGAGUUGGGUUAUGGACUUAUCAUGGCACCCGUCUUCAUCCUCCUCCAGCUUCUCAUGAUCCGGGCCUGCCGGGUCAACUAGAUGCUAUCCUGCAUCCUUCUGGUGCGGUAGGAACAUCUAAUUUCUCCACCGCUGGCAAGAGGAAUUUAUCCAACCUGAAAUGGCUGUACAAGGAUGCUGUCUUGUCAGUUAUCUGCAGACUACCAGAUUGCAUCCAAGAUCAAUCUGUGGAGACCUACUUUAUCUUCUUCUUUGCUUGCAACAAAUUGACGUCUUUCGUGUCCAUGGUGUCCAUAUAUCUUCCAGGACGAUUCUUGGUCUCUCUGUGGUUAAGUAGCUGCCUCACAGGGGUGGUCCAGUAUUAGAUAUUUGCUGAACAAGUCACCUGACUUUCUGCCUUGACAUAAAAUAAAGAGGAACAAGCUGUGGGAGAAAAAAGGAACCCUGGUUCUGCACCAACACUUCUGCACUUUUGGCAUGUAUGGAUUUGGAGUUGGACCAAAAGCAGCUCCUUAUAUAGUGUUGUUCUUGGAUAUUUGACCCAUCUGCAGUUUCUAUAAUAUCUUCAGACUUGAGUAAAGUCUGAUU